AACAAAACCUUCAUCGUCGGCUCUCUCUCUCUCUCUCGCUCUCGGUGUACAGUUCUCUCUGAAUCUCAUCGAAUGUCGAGGAUGAAAUUCGAUCGCAAGCCACCUCUGGCCAAAUCGCCUAUUCGACUCAGGCCUAGACUCUCCGUUCAAUCCAACUCAAGCUCUCUGCAAACCCCACCUGGUUCGUUGACGAAAUCCCAGAAACCAAGCCGGGUUUACCAUAUGGAAGAACCGGAUCUCCGACCCGAAUACCGCACCAUAUCAUGUGAGUUGCGAGCUCUGGCGAAGAAAGUUCAGAACGAACUGGGAGGCACCGCCGGGGAAAACACCGGCCAGUUCACUGACUCAUCUCCGUUGUUCGAGCGAGGCAGGUUCUAUGAAGAGUACUCCGCGAGGAGGAACGAGAGGCUUAAGAGAAAGAAAGGCUUACCAGGGAAGGAAGAGAAAAUCAGUUCUGCAUACAAUCUUGGAGUUACAGUGGAAUCUUCGAAGAGAAGGGACACGAAGAAGAUUCAGAGCUCGAGGAAGUCAGUAUCGGCUGCGUACUCUUUGGAGACGACUAUGGAGACGCCGAGGUAUAUGCUGAGAAGUAUGACUAAAGAGAACAAGAAGCCUCCUCUGCCUGUGGUUAGCUCUGAGAGGUCUCUGUUUGGCGCAGAGAAGAAAAUUGGUACUGCUCGUAGGGUCAGGAAAGUAUGAAACUUUUUCAUAGAUGAAGUAAUAAAAGUCAGAUUGAAUGGAUUUUUUUUUAAAAAAAUUAGGGUAAACUUGUUGAUUUGCGGUUUAAAUCUGGUUCAAUAUCUGUGUAAACAAUUUUUAUCUGCUCUUUUUAUCAUCAGAGCAGGUCUUUACAGAGCAUUUUUUGUUUCUCCAAACAUGAGUUUAGCAUUUUGAUGAA